UCCCAAAUUUACAGCCAACCAAUCUUUGCGUGUGUGGAAUGGCUCCCGCACUCACCCUGCGGUGAUCGAGCGCUCAUGCACGCGCGUAGGAAACAUUGGUUGUGUUAGAGAGCCCGACGAUUCGCCGGAGAUGACAUCAUCGGCGGGGUACGCGGAUGGCGGCACAGGAGGUCUGGGGGACGGGGACCCCCCGGUGCCGCCAUUGAGGAAGCAGCCGUCACGGAUCGCUUCGGGGAUGCGUCGGCUGGCGUCCAAGGUAUCGGCGGCGGUGCCAGAGAUGCGUGGCCUCAAGCGUACACACUCCGGCACACAGUCAGGUUUGCGCGGUCUACGCUUCCUCGACAAGACGUCUGCCGGCAAAGACGGCUGGAAGUCCGUCGAGAAGCGGUUCGACGAGAUGAACACCGAAGGCCGGCUGCAGAGGGAGAACUUCGCCAAGUGCAUCGGUAUGGCUGAUUCAAACGAGUUUGCAAGCGAGGUGUUUGUGGCAUUGGCUAGGAGAACACACAUCAAUCCGGACGAUGGCGUAACAAAAGAACAACUGAAGCAAUUUUGGGAGGAGAUGACAGACCAGAACUUUGAUUCUCGGCUACGAAUUUUCUUUGACAUGUGUGACAAGAACGGUGAUGGUAAGCUUACAGAAGAUGAGGUCAAGGAGGUCAUUGUGCUAAGUGCCUCAGCAAACAAGCUUGCUAAACUGAAGAAACACGCUGCGACGUACGCCUCUCUGAUCAUGGAAGAGCUGGAUCCUGAUCACCGCGGCUACAUUGAGAUCUGGCAGCUGGAGACCUUGCUACGCGGGAUGGUGACCGCCUCAGCGCCGCCAGAGAAGAUGAACAUGGCGUCAGCGUCCCUCGCGAGGACGAUGGUGCCCUCUAGCCACCGGAGCCCGCUGCAGCGGCGCAUCAACAAGGCCGUGGACUUUGUCCACGAGAACUGGAAGAGGAUAUGGGUGCUCUCCCUCUGGGGCGUCCUCUGCAUCGCCCUCUUCGUAUUCAAGUUCAUCCAGUACCGGAGGCGCGCGGUGUUCGAGGUGAUGGGCUACUGCGUCUGCAUCGCCAAGGGCGCAGCGGAGACCCUCAAGCUCAACAUGGCGCUCAUAUUGCUUCCGGUGUGCCGGAACACGCUCACAAGGCUGCGUUCCACCGCGCUCAGCAAGGUGGUGCCGUUCGACGACAACAUAAACUUCCACAAGGUCAUCGCGCUCGCAAUCGCCAUCGGGUCUGCGACCCAUACGCUCGCGCACGUGCUCUGCGACUUCCCCAGGCUGGUGGCGUGCCCCAAGGACAAGUUCAUGGAGAAGCUGGGGCCCUUCUUCAACUACGUCCAACCGACAUGGCCGACUCUGCUGGCGAGCAUCCCGGGAUGGACCGGAAUCCUGCUCAUCCUCAUAAUGUCCUUCUCCUUCACGCUCGCGACGCACUCCUUCCGGAGGAGCGUGGUGAAGCUGCCGUCGCCGCUGCAUCACCUGGCCGGCUUCAACGCCUUCUGGUAUGCCCACCACCUGCUGGUGAUCGCCUAUGUCCUACUGGUGAUGCACUCCUACUUCAUAUUCCUCACCAAGCAGUGGUACAAGAGAACGACGUGGAUGUACUUGGCAGUCCCUGUCGUCUUCUAUGCCUCCGAGAGAAGUAUCAGAAAAAUUCGUGAGCAAAGCUAUCGCGUGAGCAUCAUAAAGGCGGCAAUCUACCCGGGAAACGUGCUCUCACUUUACAUGACGAAGCCACCAGGCUUCAAGUACAAAAGCGGGAUGUACAUGUUUGUAAAAUGCCCAGACGUUUCGCCUUUCGAAUGGCACCCCUUCUCCAUCACUUCGGCUCCUGGAGAUGACUACUUGAGCGUGCAUAUCCGUACGUUAGGUGAUUGGACAUCAGAACUCAGGAAUCUGUUUGGGAAGGCUUGUGAAGCUGAAGUAACUUCAAAGAAGGCUACACUAGCUAGACUCGAAACAACUGUUGUGGCACAUGGUCUGGCAGAGGAUACUAGGUUUCCUAAAGUCUUCAUAGAUGGCCCUUACGGUGCACCGGCUCAAAACUACAGGAAAUACGACAUUCUUUUGCUUAUUGGGCUCGGGAUUGGUGCGACUCCUUUCAUCAGCAUACUCAAGGAUCUCCUGAACAACAUAAAGUCCAACGAGGAGAUGCAUGACGCCGAGUUAGGUUGCAGUUUGAAGACCAAUGGGCCAGGAAGAGCCUACUUCUACUGGGUUACAAGAGAGCAAGGCUCCUUCGAGUGGUUCAAAGGUGUUAUGAACGACGUUGCCGAGAGUGAUCGCGACGAUGUAAUCGAGAUGCACAAUUACCUGACCAGCGUGUACGAGGAAGGCGACGCCAGGUCAGCCCUGAUUGCCAUGGUCCAGUCACUUCAGCAUGCUAAGAAUGGCGUGGAUAUCGUCUCAGGCAGCAAGAUUCGAACGCAUUUUGCAAGGCCAAACUGGAGAAAAGUGUUCUCUGAUUUGGCCAAUGCCCACAAGAACUCACGCAUCGGCGUUUUCUACUGUGGAUCUCCAACACUGACCAAGACCCUGAGAGAUCUUUCGAUAGAGUUCAGCAGUACCACGACGACUCGGUUCCAUUUCCACAAAGAGAAUUUCUAAGAAGCAACGGCACGGCUCGUGUGGCCCGCCGGUGCAUUCAUUGGUGAUCAACGGGCACAAGGCUGUGUGCCUAUGCAAGCCAGAUUUGAGUCCUUGGUUACUUUGGGGAACAGGGAGCGGGGCUUUACCGGACCAAGAGCCAUGAGCUAGCCUUUUGCUUCGUCCGCUUGCUGGGAGCUAGCUGCUUGUUCAGAUUUGGUGUUGGAGGAGGCGUGCAUGCGCAAGCUGAACCGGAAAUUCAGCAUGGGAAGUUCCAUGUAGGAAACUGAUAAUUGUAAUGCAAUUUUUUUCUCUCUAGCCAUGUCUUUAGUUGAAUGCCGAAUUGGGACGAGAUCAAGUGUGACUGUUUGGAUAGGGACUCGAAGUAGACUUGAGCAUGGGCCACCCGACCCGUCCAAAAAAAUCUGACUCGGUCGGGUCGGGUCUGUGUGUUGGGCGUCGUUGGUACAUGUAACCUGUCAAAUUUUUUAGGUCAGGAUCAGGCGUUAAAAUUAAGCUUGCGGGCUGGCCCGUUGGCCCGUAAUCUGUACUGGUGAUCUGCGUUUUGAAAUCUGAACUUUUGAUAGCA